AUGGCGGCCAAACCGAGAUCAGGGUGGAAUUUCCUGCAGCAGGCGGUCGCCUCUGUUGAGUCCCGCUUAGACGACAUAUUGGCCGAAGACGGCGAACGCCCGAAAAGGACGAACACACCUCCCCACACCAAGAAGCCGUCCUCAGAUCUCUCACGGAGCAACAGCAAUGCAUCCGGCUCGAACGACCGACUGCAAGAGCGUCUCGCUCGGGCGAUGGCCAAGAAGAGCGCAAGUCGAACCGAAAGUCCGGUGCCUCCUCAAGAUGAAUCGUCGAGCCCUAUUUCUAGAGCAGCAGAUCUCACUACGGCCGCAGAUGAUGCGGAAGCCGUGACAAACACAUCCCACUUGACCGGACAGGAUGCCAAAGACAAGGUUGACGACGGCAGUCAGGUCAUCGCUGACGAAGAGGCCCCGCAAGAGGAAGAAACCACUGUUUUGCUGGAAAAUGCAAGAGCCGUCCCAGUAAGUGCACUACAGUCACACGGCGAUACGUCACGAGCUUCUACAGACGCUUUGCGAGACAGCCGAACGACUUCAAAUAGGCCGUCGCAAGAUAUACCAAGGCCGAGUGUAGACAGCCAGACACGACAGAGUGCAGCGGAGAUCCUGGAGGCACAAGCAGAAAUGAACGUCUAUCUUGAGCGCAUAGAUGCAUUGAGGAGAGACCUGCAAACGUUGGUUGACAGCGUCUCCGAGUCUGCACGGAAGAACGCCGACACUGCAAAACAGGCCGCUUAUUCCGCCGAGCCUGGGAGUCUGGAGCAGAAGAUCUCCCAGAAGGAUGAGAAGAUAGCUCUUCUAAUUGAGGAAGGUACCCGAUGGUCCAAGACCGAAAUGGAGCUUCGGAGUACGAUCAAGAAAAUCCGAGCACAGGCAACCGCCAGCGCCAAAGAACAGGAGACAUCCAAAAUCCGCGCAGAAAAGGCUGAACAGGCGUUCAGAGCAAUGGAAGAUCGGGCCAAAAGAGCGGAAGCUGCAAAUAAGCGCGUGGAGCAGAAUCUGGCACUGAGCUCAGCCACGACGAAAGACCUUGAGGCCGUGAGGAAAGAGCGAGACUCGUUGAACGCUACCCUGGCGGACAUGAAGGCCCAGCUAUCGAAGGCCAAUGCAAGAGCGGAAGCAGCUGAGAACAAAGCACAAUCCGACCAGCUGGACAAGGAGAGGAAACGGGUAGCAGAACUACGGGAUGACCUGACCAGUGCCAAAGUCGAGCGACAAAUCUCUGAAGAGAAAUUGCGUCAAGAGAUCAAGGAGCUUCAGGCAGCCUUGGAAAGAGAGAAAGGGCAAGCACGCGCCAUGGAGUCUGAAAUGCUCAGCGAGCAGGCGGCUCUCGAAAGCAAACUCGAAUCAUUCCGAAUUCGGGCUGAAGAAGCAUCCUCGGCGGAUACAGGUCACACACAAGCCAAGCUACUUCGGCAGAUUGAGACGCUACAAAACCAAUAUGCCGCGGCGAGUCAGAACUGGCAAGGCAUUGAGACCUCGCUCCUGGGUAGGAUCGCCAACCUUGAAAAGGAACGUGAUGAAGUCGUUUCGAGGGAUGCAGAAUUGCGGAAGAAAUCGCGAGACACUACGCUCAAGCUCAAGAAUGCGGAAAGAGAGCUGGACAGCCUACGGAACAAGUAUGCUGACAUGGACAAAUCAUUGGCGGAUGCCAAUGAAGAAGUACAACGGUUGCAGAAGAAGACGACCCAGCUUGAACAGGACCUCACGGAGGCCCUGAAAGAUCUCGAGACGCAGAAGCAGGCUGCGGAGCGGGAACUGCUACGCAGGAUCGACGAGGAGAAAGCAAAGUGGACGGCAAACCUCCAUAUUCCACGCACGGAAUCUCCUGCGGCAUCAUUGCGUAAGAACUCGGGUCUAGGAUUUGACAUGGGUCAUCUGAUGAGCCCGGUUCAAUUCGAGCGGGCCACGAGUCGACGCUCCUCCAUUAUGCACAAUACGUUCGACUCGAACACCCCGCCUCGUCAACAAUCCACUACUUCUUUCCGCGGUUUGGCAAACGGAUCGACUGUUGAGACACCCUCAGUUGUGACGUCCAUGGACCAUGACGAAUACUUUGCCAAUGUACCGCCCACCCCGCUGACGACAAGCCACCACUCUCAAAGGGGCGUCGUCAACGAUCUGAUAUCCACUUCGACUGUGGGUGCGGGUCCUUCGGUACAGCUUGUCGAACGCAUGUCGGCCAACGUACGGCGCCUGGAAAGCGAGAAAGCUGCGUCCAAGGAUGAGCUUGCCCGCCUUACCACCCAACGCGACGAGGCACGGCAGGAAGUGGUAAGCUUGAUGCGCGAAGCCGAGGAAAAGCGCCGGAUCGAGGAGCGGCUGAGGGCCUUGGAGAAGGAGCACGCCAGUUUGAGCCAGCGGCACCAGACUACGCUGGAGCUGUUAGGCGAGAAGAGCGAGCAGGUGGAGGAGCUCAAGGCCGACAUCCUCGACGUGAAGCAGAUGUAUCGGCAAUUGGCGGAUACCAUGAAAUAA